CCUCCCUCAUAAGAUUGCUUUGGAUCCCCCCCCCCUUCCCAUCCAGUUUUUUUUUUUUUUUUUUUGCGUGUGUUUGCUGCGCCUGUGUGGUGUUUGAAAAUGGAGGCUGAAGAUACAGACUGCCAGCCCCAAUGUGCUUCAUGUUUGCUACUUCUGUGCACAUUGUAUCACUGCAGGCAGCGCUGAGGGGGAGUGUUGCUUCGCCCUUUCUGGGGGAGCCCCAACCCACAUUUUCAUUGUUGUCUGUGGGUGGCUUCUCCGGAAGCCCAGCAGCUAGGGAAAUAAAAACCUUUUAAUUUUCAAACCCAAAGGGGUGUUUUUUGUGUGUGUGGGAGGAGGAGGUUAUUUUCCCCUCCCUAGGUCUCCCCCCACCCUCCCAAUUUAUAGUUCUUCUGUGUGAGUGGAGGGGGAGAAAUUUGGACUUUUUUUUUUUUUUUUUUUUUGGGAAAGGGGGAUUUUGUCCGUAAUUUAAAAAAAAAGGAAUGAAGUCUGGCGCUGGAGGAGGGUCCCUGACCUUAUUCUGGGGGUUUCUGCUCUUCUUUGCCACACUUUGUCUGUGGCCAACAAAUGGAGAAAUUUGUGGGCCAAAUGUCGACAUUCGCAAUGAUAUCCAUGAGCUGAAGCGCUUAGAGAACUGCACGGUAAUUGAGGGUUUCCUCCAGAUUCUGCUGAUCUCCAAGGCAGAGGACUACCGCAACUUCCGCUUCCCAAAGCUCACAGUUAUCACCGACUACUUGCUGCUGUUCCGCGUGGCAGGCUUAGAGAGCCUCAGUGAUCUCUUUCCCAACCUCACGGUCAUUCGCGGGAGGAACCUCUUCUACAACUAUGCCCUGGUUAUCUUUGAGAUGACUAACCUCAAAGAAAUUGGGCUUUACAAUCUGAGGAACAUCACCCGAGGGGCCAUCCGGAUCGAGAAAAACUCUGACCUGUGUUACCUCUCCACGGUGGACUGGUCUCUGAUACUAGAUGCAGUGUCCAACAACUACAUAGUUGGGAAUAAACCUCCAAAGGAGUGUGGGGACUUGUGUCCAGGGACGAUGGAAGAGAAGCCAUUGUGUGAGAAGACCUCCAUUAACAAUGAGUACAACUACCGCUGCUGGACCACCAACCACUGCCAGAAAAUGUGCCCCAGCGCUUGUGGCAAACGGGCUUGCACAGACCAAAAUGAAUGUUGCCAUCCCGAGUGCUUGGGGAGCUGCACUGCACCCGACAACAACACGGCUUGUGUGGCCUGCCGCAAUUAUUACUACGAAGGAAUCUGCGUACCCACCUGCCCACCGAACACCUACAAGUUUGAAGGCUGGCGCUGCGUUACUAAAGACUUCUGUUCCAAAGUCCCUGCUACAGAGAUAAGUGACUAUGAGAAGUUUGUGAUCCACAAUGAUGAGUGCAUGGCAGAGUGCCCUUCUGGAUUCAUACGCAACGGGAGCCAAAGCAUGUUCUGCAGCCCCUGCGAAGGGCCUUGCCCAAAAAUCUGUGAGGAAGAGAAAACAAAGACCAUUGAUUCCGUCACAUCAGCACAAAUGUUGCAGGGAUGCACCGUCCUCAAGGGGAAUCUGCUUAUUAACAUCCGCCGUGGGAACAAUAUUGCUUCUGAGCUGGAGAAUUUUAUGGGUCUGAUAGAAACAGUAACUGGGUAUGUGAAGAUCCGCCAUUCCCAUGCACUAGUCUCCCUCUCUUUCUUGAAGAAUCUGCGAUAUAUUUUGGGAGAGGAACAGUUGGAUGGGAAUUAUUCUUUCUAUGUGCUGGACAACCAGAAUCUGCAACAGCUGUGGGACUGGAACCACCACAACCUGACGAUCAAAGAAGGGAAAAUGUACUUUGCAUUUAAUCCCAAACUGUGUGUGUCUGAGAUUUACCGCAUGGAGGACGUGUCGGGAACCAAGGGACGGCAGACUAAAGGAGAUAUAAAUCCAAGAAACAAUGGGGAGAGAGCCUCUUGCGAAAGCCACAUUCUGAAUUUUGUCUCCAACACCACCCUGAAGAACCGGAUUAAGCUCACCUGGGAGCGGUAUCGCCCUCCAGAUUACAGAGAUCUUAUUAGCUUCACUGUUUACUACAAAGAGGCACCAUUCAAGAAUGUGACAGAGUAUGAUGGGCAAGAUGCUUGUGGUUCUAAUAGCUGGAACAUGGUGGAUGUUGAUCUGCCCCCAAACAAAGAGAACAACCCUGGGAUUUUACUGCAGGGACUGAAACCUUGGACUCAAUAUGCCAUUUAUGUCAAGGCUGUUACUCUCACAAUGAUGGAGAAUCAUCACAUCCAUGGAGCAAAGAGUGAAAUAGUCUAUAUACGCACCAAUGCUGCAGUGCCAUCUAUCCCACUGGAUGUUAUUUCAGCAUCUAAUGCCUCUUCUCAGCUAAUAGUGAAAUGGAAUCCACCCUCUCUCCCCAAUGGCAACCUGUCCUACUAUAUUGUACGGUGGCAGCAGCAGCCUCAGGACAGUUAUCUUUACCGACAUAACUACUGCUCCAAAGAUAAAGUCCCAAUUCGGAGAUAUGCGGAUGGGACCAUUGAUACAGAAGAAGCUACCGAACCCACCAAGCCAGAAGGGAGUGGGGGAGAAAAAGGACCUUGCUGUGCUUGCCCCAAGACAGAGGCAGAGAAGCAAGCUGAGAAGGAGGAGGCAGAGUACCGGAAAGUCUUUGAGAACUUCCUCCAUAACUCCAUCUUUGUGCCCAGACCGGACCGGAAGCGCAGGGAUGUGUUCCGAAUCGCAAACACCACUGUUGCCAGUAGGAACAAGAACACAACGGUGCCAGAUCACUUCGCCAAUGUGUCUGAUGUGGAGGAGAGCGAGAUGGAAUAUCCAUUCUAUGAGAGCAAAGUGGAGGGCCGGGAGAGGACGCUCAUCUCCCACCUCCAGCCUUUUACUCUUUACCGUAUUGAUAUUCACAGCUGCAACCAUGAAGCAGACACACUUGGGUGCAGUGCUUCCAACUUUGUCUUUGCAAGAACCAUGCCUGCAGAAGGAGCAGAUAACAUUCCAGGAACAGUAACGUGGGAAGGCAAAGAAGAUAAUGCCAUCUAUCUGAAGUGGUCAGAACCUGUAAGCCCUAAUGGAUUGAUACUGAUGUAUGAAAUCAAAUAUGGGCAGCAUGGAGAGGAGAAACGGGAAUGUGUUUCUAGACAGGAAUACAGGAAGUUUGGAGGAGCCAAACUAACUCAUCUAAACCCUGGAAACUAUUCUGCCAGAGUUCAGGCCACCUCUCUAGCUGGAAAUGGAUCAUGGACUGAACCAGUGUCUUUCUAUGUACAACCCAAACCGGCAGACUAUGGGAAUUUCCUGCACUUGAUAAUUGUGCUCCCCAUUGCAGUGCUGCUGAUCAUUGGAGGUUUGCUAAUAAUGCUGUACGUCUUUAACAAAAAGAGGAACAGUGACCGACUAGGCAAUGGAGUGCUUUAUGCUUCUGUGAACCCUGAGUACUUCAGUGCUUCUGAUGUAUACGUUCCGGAUGAGUGGGAAGUGCCCCGGGAGAAGAUCACCAUGUGCCGGGAGCUUGGGCAGGGCUCCUUUGGAAUGGUUUACGAGGGAAUAGCUAAGGGAGUGGUGAAGGACGAGCCAGAAACUAGAGUGGCCAUCAAAACUGUCAAUGAGUCUGCAAGCAUGCGUGAACGGAUAGAGUUCUUAAACGAGGCCUCAGUCAUGAAGGAGUUCAAUUGUCAUCAUGUGGUGCGGCUGCUUGGAGUUGUCUCGCAAGGCCAACCAACGCUGGUUAUCAUGGAGCUCAUGACACGCGGGGAUCUCAAGAGUUAUCUGAGGUCCCUGCGGCCGGACACAGAGAAUAACCCAGGCCAGUCUCCUCCAACUCUGAAGAAGAUGAUUCAGAUGGCAGGAGAGAUUGCUGAUGGCAUGGCAUACCUCAACGCCAACAAAUUUGUGCACAGGGAUCUCGCUGCAAGGAAUUGCAUGGUGGCUGAAGAUUUCACUGUAAAAAUUGGAGAUUUUGGCAUGACCAGAGAUAUCUACGAGACAGAUUACUAUCGGAAAGGAGGGAAAGGUUUGCUUCCUGUGCGCUGGAUGUCCCCAGAGUCACUGAAGGAUGGAGUCUUCACAACACAUUCAGACGUCUGGUCCUUUGGUGUUGUCCUAUGGGAAAUUGCAACAUUAGCAGAGCAGCCAUACCAAGGCAUGUCCAACGAGCAAGUUCUUCGCUUCGUGAUGGAGGGAGGCUUAUUGGAGAAACCAGACAACUGUCCUGAUAUGCUGUUUGAGUUGAUGCGGAUGUGCUGGCAGUACAACCCCAAGAUGAGGCCCUCCUUCCUGGAAAUAAUCGGUAGCAUUAAGGAUGAGCUGCAUCCAGCAUUCAAAGAGGUCUCCUUCUUCUACAGCGAAGAGAACAAGCCUCCAGACACCGAGGAACUCGAUCUGGAGACUGAAAACAUGGAGAGCAUUCCUUUAGAUCCCUCCUCCACCCUCCAACCCACUGACAAGCACUCAGGACACAAAGCUGAGAACGGCCCAGGCGUGGUGGUGCUGCGGGCCAGCUUUGAGGAGAGACAGCCGUACGCGCAUAUGAACGGAGGACGCAAGAACGAACGGGCCUUACCUUUGCCCCAGUCUUCGGCCUGCUGAUCCUUAAAACCCAGAAUCUCACAAAAACACACACGUUGGGGGAAGAAAGACCGAAAAGAAAAUAUAUUCAAAAGCCUACUGUACCUCAGUGGAUCUUCAGAACUGCCAUAGCUGCACACGGGAGAAUCCUCUUUUCAGUAAACACAAUAGUUUUUUCUUUGUUCAAUAUGCAAGCAGAUGUUUAUUUCAGUAAAGGACUCUGUUCAGUGGGGCGCACAGUCAGCCUUUUAAAACUCUAAUGUUAACACUUAAUAGCAACAGAAAACUUGAGAUCUGAUGUCUCUCUCUUCUCUUUCUCUCUCUCUCUCUCUCUUUUUCUUUCUGCUUCAUAAUGGGAAACAUAUCUGCGUGCAAGUUCAACCAUACAGCACUUUUAUCAGAUCAAAGAAAUUGCAGGCCAGGUGGCUCCCCGUUAGCCCUUGCAACACCUGCUUAACACUGUAGGUC